AUGACCCCAGACCCGCAAAAGUCCACCCUCGACACGGCCAAAGAGUCUGUCGCCGAUACCGCAGACAGCGUUGCAGGCAUGGUUCAGCCAGGAGAUAGCAAGUCCACUACUCAGAAACUCUCCGACGAGACUCAAUCCAACUUCAACGCCACUACCGACAAACUCUCCUCCGCGGCCCAGAAUGUCCAGGACACUGCCUCCCACUAUGCUCCAAAGGCUAGUUCCAAUGCCGAUGCUGCACAAGAAUCAAGCAAGGGAUAUCUGGAACAGGCACAAGAGAUGGCUGCAAAUGCUUUGAGUAGUGCAAGUAAGGCUGCAUCAGAUCUAGCUCGCUCCAUCUCUGGUGAGAAGAAAUGA